AUGCUUUCCAUAGCAAGUACCUUCGGAUCUUAUUUUUUUAGUUCUUGUUCAGUAGAUUAUUUGAAUAAUGAAAGUGCAAACAAAUUUUCUUCAUCUGAUGAAAAGAUAAAUUUUAGGAGAAAAAGAAAUGUAUCAUCUUCAUCAAAGGAUGAUAAAAUCAAUAUUAAUAAUGACCAUGAUAAAAUUUUAAAUGAAAGUGAUGAUUCACAUGAUAUUAACAAAAAUUUAGAUAAUUUGGAAUAUGCAACACAAAAUAAUAAUAAAGGAAAUAUAUAUGAAGAAGAACAUAUAGGGAUCAAUAAUGAAAAAGAAAAAAACAUUGAUCAUCAUCAAGAAGUUCAAAGUAAAGAUUCACAUGACAAUCAAAAUGAACAUGAACAAAAUUAUAUGAAAUCUAAUGAGAAUACACUUCCAAAUGAUCAUGAGAAAUCGAAUGAGAAUGCACUUCCAAAUGAUCAUGAGAAAUCGAAUGAGAAUGCACUUCCAAAUGAUCAUGAGAAAUCGAAUGAGAAUGCACUUCCAUAUGAUAAUAUGAAAUUAGAUAAAGAUGAAUAUCCUAAUCCACCUAUAAAAUCUCAUGAACAAGAUUGUUGUUCUGAUAAAAGUUUUGAUGAAUGUGCAAGAAAAAAAGAAUUGGAACUUAAUAAUAAUAAAAAAAAUUAUGACAUAUAUAAUGAAAAUGCAGAAGAAUCCAAUAAUUAUAGCAGCCCAUAUAAUGAAAAAAAAUAUAGACUAAUAGGAGAUUUUUCAAGAUAUAUGUCUGUUACAAUAAAUGAAAAAAAAGGUGGUCUUCAUAAUAAUUGUACAACUGUAUUAGUAGAUGUUGAUUUAUUUCCUAACGUUUCAGAAAAUUAUUUAUCAAAAAUGUUUGAUUAUUUAACAAAUUUUAAAGAUGAGGAAAUAAACAAAAAUGAAUAA